GGUGGCGGUAGUAAACAAUGGCAGUCUGUCCGAAUACGUAAAAGAAGAAGAAGAAACGGAAGUUAGAUCAUCCGGUGUCCUUGUGCCUGAUAGUUACGACCAGGGAUUAAAGAAAAUGUACAGACACAUGAUUGCUCUCCGGCAGGUGGCGCGGCGGAGCAUCUGCAGCUCUGCUCCCCGCCAGGUGGAAAACAAAGUCCCCCAAAAACAGAAACACUUCCAGGAGGACAAUGGGAUGCCUGUUCAUCUAAAAGGAGGCAGCGCUGAUGCUCUUCUGUAUAGGAUGACCAUGGCCCUCACCGUUUUGGGAGCCGGGUAUGUUGUCUACGAACUGGUGAAAGCUUCGUUCCCUCAGAAGAAAGACUGACGUCUUUACUCCGGCUCUUCAUUCGGGCGGUCAGAAACCAUGCAGGUGCUUCACGCUGUAUCUAAAGAGGCUCCUUUGUCCGCGCCGGUAAAGCGGGUUUGCUGUUGUCGUUUCUUGUGUGAGGAGUAAUAAAUUAUUUCUUGUACACAAUCUGUUAACCUGAGGAUCAAUAAACAAAACAUACCUCUCCUCUCAUGACCAAAA